GGUGACCUUUGGUUUUGAACUAUGAAAGUGGAUCCGGCAGCGGGUCCAUCGAAGCGCCCGCGGCAUGGGGACUUGCCCAGCGCAGCGAAUGCAACAGACUUCGCCAAGGGCAGCGCGACAACGGCGUCCGACAAAUAUGCUGCGUUGGUCGAUCGAGCGAGUUUUCAACGCCUGUCGGCCGAAAUGAAUGCCUUUGACGACAAACGCGAAGUGAUCAUUCGAGAAUCCCGGGACAUUCUGAAAGCAAGCAAGCAGGCAAUCUUCUCCAUGCAUCGUGGAGCGAUCGACGACGCGACGGCGAAACUUGCCACUGCCGAUCGUGUGAUAUCACGAUUAGCGCCACUCAUUCAGGAAGAUCGAUCCUUACGAACAGGGUCGUUUGCCGCCGCGAUGGAGGAAUAUGCAGAAGCUCAAUGUUUUCUGCAUUUCCUCAAGCAUGGGACCCUCAUCACGAUCGACGACCUUCCCUCCGUCGAGCGGGAAGAGUACUUGUCGGGUGUCGUCGACUUCACGGGGGAAGUUGGGCGAUAUGCGGUCGCACAGGCUACCAAGCGCGACGUGGCCAAGGUCGAAAUGUGCCGUGACCUAGUCGAGGCCAUUUCUGGCGAGUUGAUCCAGUUUAGUUUCCGCAAUGGGCCGUUGCGGAAAAAGUACGACUCGCUCAAGUACAACCUCAAGAAACUCGAGAAUACGCUUUACGAGCUGUCGCUCAUACCACCCGGACGACCCUACGAGCAACACAACAACGACGACGACGUAAUGGAUCGCCCUCAAGUGCCAAGUGCCGCCGCCGACGAUUGUAACGAAUAAAGAAGCGCUCGAGUGGCUGCAACGUGAAUCGAAACGAUGUUGUCGUCCUUGGCCCUGUCC